AUGACGACUGAUUUUCCAAAUCUAUUCAUGAUAACGGGACCAGGAAGUCCAUCAGUAUUCACCAAUAUGGUUGUUUCGAUUGAACAACAUGUGGAUUGGAUUGCAGAUUGUCUCGAUUAUCUGAGAAAGAAUCAAUUUGACACGAUUGAACCGUCUCGAGAAAGUGAAGAUGGGUGGGUCAAUCAAGUCAAUGCUAUUGCUAAUGCUUCCUUAGUUAACAUGGCCAAUUCGUGGUAUUUGGGAGCAAAUGUUCCAGGAAAACCACGGGUUUUCAUUCCAUAUGCAGCUGGAAUUGUUCCUUAUCGACAGAAAUGUGAUCAAGUGGCAGCGAAUGGUUAUGAAGGUUUUCAAUUGAAAAAGAUGACAACUAAAUAA